UAGAAAUUUCACAUGCUGUACGAUGUGACAACACCGUCUUUGAAUAUAUAUACUAGUAUGUCAGAAUAUAGAACAUUGUCACAAUCGUAAUGGGUUGAAAAUACUUUUAAAGAAAAUUGUACUUCUGAGACAUGUAUAACAUGACCAGUUCAAUCAUUUUAACACCACUUCAUCAAUGAAGACAAGCUGACAGAGGUGUAGUAAAGCAAAUCAAAAUGGCAGUUAAGCUGAGUAUAAAGGAAAUUUGGGAUAUUUACAGUAGUGCUAGAAAACAUCCAAAUCAGGAACAGAUAAAAAGCUUGGCCUUGGACACCUUCUUAGCACUUUGUUGUAAGGAGAUUGAUGAGAAUGGAGAUGUACCUAUUAUAUAUGACAUGAAGACCAUUGUGAAUCAGUUGUGUAAUGAGUUUAUGAAUGAUAUUAUCAGGAUCACUAACAAAGCAGACGAUGACGGUGACCCAGCAGCACUCGAAUCAUAUCUUGUUAAAGACAGAGGAUGGCAGUUACUGUAUGUCAUAUAUAAAAAUGGUAUUCAGGGGCUUACAGUUGGAAGAGAUUUCAGUAACUUAAUUGUAUCAUUGUUACCAUGGUGUUUGAAAUUUAAAACUAACUCCAAAGAUUUGAAAUCUGAAUCAGAAGAGGAUGUUCUUCCAUCUAUCAGCUCAUGCUUCUAUAACCUACAUAAAUCUAACAAAUGGAUGCAGUCUUGCCAAAGAAGGGAUAAAGUUGUUCCUAAAACCAAGCAUAGAAAACCAAUUAAGAAGCCAGUAAACUAUAGACCCAAGAAACAAAGAAUAAUAUCUGAGAAAGAGCUUGAAACCACAGACUCUGAAGAAGAUACAUUAAAUGUUCCAGCUUCACCCCCUAAGUAUAGAAAAUCUAGAAACAUGUUCAGGCAUAAUCCGUAUGUUAGCUUUGGUGGAAAAACUAUUCAGGAUGAAGAGAAUGCCUCAGAAGAAGAAAGCGAGGAAAUAGCAUUGAUUCUAUCUAGGAUUGAUAUAGACAAAAAGGAAAUGAGCCCGCCAGAAAUCUCACAACUUAUACUUGAUUUAUUAUUAGAAAUUUGUUUGCAAGAUUUAAACCAAAUAUCUCCUUCUAAAGUUCUUUCACCCUCAGUCUUGCCACAUCUUACCCAUGUAUUAACUAGCUUUUAUCCUAAGUCAAAUAUUGACAAUGAAAAGAUCUUAGCCAGUGAAUGGACAAAAACUAGUAAUAUUCACUUUCAGAGGAAACUUUUACGAGUAAUUAUAACAUUAUGUGGGGCCAUAGCCGUUCAACAGAAUGGAAUUAAUAUUAUUGCUGGUCACAGGUGCUUACAAGAUUUAUUAGAUAUUGCUCAACAGAUUUAUAAUUUGCAAAAUAUCAAGAAGGAAUUAUCAGCAGGAAAUCAUACAGAAGCAGAAAAUGGGAGUCAGAAUAAUUUUGAUUUAGAUCUUUGUUUUCUAACAGAGAUUGUUCUCAGUUCCACUAUUUUGCUUGACAUAAUAUUCCAGUGUUUACCACUAAAUCUUGUUUUUAUCAGCAAUGCUGUCAAACUUGUAAGAGAUUUUAUAGAUGGAAAUGGUUUCACCUUGCUCGACUUUGUCCUGUGUCAUUUGGACUUUUUGAGAACUCAGUCAUAUACACAUUCUGAUUGGUCUCAUUCUGAACCAAUCAGACUUAUUGAUUCAUUUUUGAAUACACUGAAAUCAGUAAAAGUUAACUAUAUACAUUCAAUGAAGUGUCUGAAGAAUAAACACCAAAGGUGUGAAUUCAGUGUGUAUUUCAAUCACCAUCACAAUAUUCUAGGUAGUUCUUACACUGUUUUCCAAGAGAUGACAUCUGUUGAAAAACAAAAUGGUGGAAAAUCAGAAGGUGUGUGCCUAAUAGCAUCAUGGUGCACUUUUCUUUUGGACAUUUUGUUUAAAUUAGAAUGUAAGCUAUCAAGAAUAGAAAUAUUAAAGACAUUAAGUUUGUCUGGUAUUUGCUGUUGUAUGAAUUUAGAAGUAGUAGUUAGUGGGGUACUAAAAUGUUUGCCAAAAUUUUCACCUCCUGUACAAAACUUUGCUUUAGAAACUAUGAAUGCUAUAAUACUGGAUAACUUUUCUGGAAGAAAAUUGAACCGCAGUGUCUAUGUGGAGUCUAAAUCUCCACCUUUUGCAUGCAGUGUUUGUUUUGAUAGAGGAAGCUUUCAGACAAAUAAUGAAUUGGGGAAUGCCCAUCUUGCUGUUGACAGUGGAUUUUCUAGUCAUGGAAUGAAGAUUGAGAAGAAAUUCUCUGAUUUUGAAUUUUCAAAAUGGUCAGUAUGCAACAUGUACAAGAACAUCUUAUUUUCCCAAAAUCAGCAGUUAGCUGAAUUGACUUCAAAACAGUUAUUAAAUCUUGUAUUAAAUGGAACGGAAGAUUUGAAAGAGGAACUUUUCUUUCGAGUCUAUACAUUUACGUUUAGCUCAUUUUUAGGAACAUUAAGGUCAAAUUCACCCUGUUCAUCUGAGGAAGAACAAAACAAAAACAUUGAGUUUUCAAAAAAAGUCAAAGUUCAUUGCUUGUCAGCUUUACCCAACCUGCUUGAAGUUGAAUCUGUUUUGAAUGAAUUCUUAGAAAACAAAGGCAUAGGAAGAAUAUGUCAACUCUUGGAAGAUGAAAGUUUGAGAAAUCCAGUUUUAAAGAUUUUUGAAGCAUUGGUGAUUUUAGAUCAAGGAAAGUUAACUGAUAGUGAUAUUAUAUAUUCUCAAACAAGCACUUUUUCACAAGUCUUGCCAAAAAAUGGCCUAGUCAUGAAAGCAUUUAUUGGUGGUCUUGCCAGUAAGACGGCCAAGGAUGCAUGUAUGAGUGAAGAAACAGUAGAUUUAAAUGAUUUUAUUCAAAUGUUUGACUGCUGUGAUGUCACAUUUUGCUGUCAGAAUUUUGCCCAUGUAAUGACUACAAAUUUGCAUCUGCUUGUAGACAUGUGGGAAACAUGUGCCAGAAUUUGCCUUUACAGCAAAAGAUUUGUUUUUCACUUUCAAAACUCUCCAUGUCUAAAGAUAGCUGAGAAUGCCUUGUUAGUGAUUAUCAAGCAAUUACUGUCUUCUAAUAAAUGUGAUUUAACUGAAGGAUCUGAGGACUCUGGACUAGACCUGGACAUCAGUAAAGUCCCAACAAACUCCAGCCAUUGUUAUCUUAAACUGAUGUUGAUGAAGUCUCUACUGAUUAUAUGCAGUGCUUCAUAUAAAAGUCUUAUUAAAAAGGAUGGACAAGAGAUUAGCAUGUGGUCACGGUUGAAAGAGGCAUUCCAAGGAUGUUCAAAACUCCCCCCAACCAAAGUAAAGACAGUUUGUGACAUCAUCUUGUCGUCUGCUAUGCCAAAGAAAACCACAGUGUUUGAUCACUCUAAACUGGAAAGCUUAAGUGAAUUGUUCAUCAAAGAUGAUGACAUUGAUGAUGAUGAGAUACGCCAGUAUUUACAUACAACAAGUGAUGAAGACUAUGACUCUUUGAUGUUUGGUGAAGGUGGUUACUAUGGUGACACUGAAUGUGGAUCAGAUGACAAUAACAUACAAAUAAAAUCAAUGGAGAAUGGAUAUGGAAUGGAGAUUUACCCGGCUGUUUUCAGGAUUCUCGUAGAAUUAAUGAUUAAAAUUCAGCAUGAAGAGAAUAUAACAGAUGUAUUAAGUCAAAUUCUUCAUAAGUUGUUACAGACAUUGAGAGCAAGCCAUAAAGCAACACAGGCAGUUUGUCAUGAGGGACUGCUUGAGGACAUACUUACAGGAUUUUGGACAUUAUUGAUAGAAGACAAUGGAGGAACUUCAGUAAGGAAUUCUCUUCUGUCUCUUAUACAACUAUUGGCUCAACACAGAGUUACUUCAACAGAGCUGCAGAAAAUACUUCAGUUGUUUAAUUAUGCUAACAGUCCUCAGGAAUUACUGUUAUCAACAUUUCUAUCCAUCAUUGAGAACUCAAACUCACAGCCACAUUGCAGUGUAACAUUUCCUUGUAAACGUACGUUUGAGGUGUCACCUAAGUCUGGUCUAGUUCAAUCAACACUAAGGAUAAAAGAUAGAAAGCUGUCUAGUGGAUCCUAUUCCCCAUUCUUUGCCAGUGUAUCUUCUGUAAUGAGCACCUCUCCAGAUGUCAAUGAGAAUGGCCUAGAUUUAUUUGAUACUACCAGUACACAAGAUGUCUGGGAUAUUGCAGCUAUGUUUAUUCCAAUAAAGGGGUUAUCAUGGCCACCAUUAGAGCAAGGGUUGACAGUUGCAUCAUGGGUAAAACUAUCUGAAGACCAGGAAAAUAUAGUGAAGAUUUCAAAGACAAAAAGCGGAAACCAUGUCUAUUUUUCAAGUUCAGAAGUAUUUGGUUCUAAAGAGCACCUGUUUCAUGGCAAAUGUAGCUUUGAAAUAUCAGACUUCCUUCAUCUUGUAUCCAUUGGUAACACAGAGAAAAUGUUAGAAGUAUGGGUUCAUAGCAAUAGUGGUUACAUACUUAUAAGAUUAACCACAGAAUAUGGCAAAAGUGGUCACAUACUUCAAGAUGUGAUAUCAAAAGAAUGUCUUACGAAAGGACAUUGGCACCAUGUACUUGUCAGUUAUAAUGAGAAAGUAGAUGCCACUAAAACAGACUCAAAGGAUGACAUUACUUACUUUGGAAAGGUAAAACUUGUAAUAGACGGAUGGAGGUCACAAGAAAUCAAAUUAGAAUAUCAACAUUCUGUAACUAGAAAACAGAUGGACAGGAUUCCCUUGCUUUGUAUUGGACAUUCUUGUACUGAUCCUGAACAAUCCAGUCAGACACUUACUCUUAGUUCUCUUAUGAUACUUGAAGGGAGCAACCAUGGUAGUGAUGAAAUAUUCCAUUUGUAUGCUUUGGGUCCUAGCUGUGUUACUAUAAAUAAAUGUGAUAAUGUGAAUAUGGAUAUCAGCUAUGGGCCUUUACUUACAAAACAGAUGGAGCUUCACUCUAAGAUGCCAUCAGACAUUUUGGUGGGAUCAAAAAGAGUGGAUUUAGAUUCAUUAAGGUCAUCUCUGAUUUUGACAUUCAACCCACUGAUGCCUGAUAUAGCCUGUUUCUACAGAAAUACAUCAUCACAAGAUAUGCAAAUUCUUGGUCCAAAUCUGGGUAUACCUCAGCGUCAGGACAGUGGUAACCUGCUGAUCCAACAGCCAAUCACAGCUCAGUUUACAUGUCAGGCCAAGCUUGUGACCCACAGACAUCAUAGUCUAGAGAAAGCUUUAGAGGGAGCUGGAGGGAUGGAAGCAAUUUUGUUUCUUGUUGCCAAGGUUUUUGAACUGAAUAAUUGUGACAACCAUCAGCAAGAAUCCGUACAUGAGCUGCUGCAGGCCAAGUCUUUACAGAUCUUGUUUGCCUUAGUAAAUUUUUCUACAUAUUUAUCUAAAGACUUCAUGAUCAUAAAUGGAAAUCAACUUCUGAAUAGGGUUCUUACAAGCUCAAAGGCUGUUCUAGGAUUUCAUACACUGAAGGUUUUGCUUGAUGCUGCAACAUCUGAAUCAAUGCUGCGUUUUGAACCAGAUGGUACGUUAGUUAUGAGAAGGAAAUCAGAAGCCAUGAUUACAAACAUUUCAGUGAUUGUUGACCUUCUGCUAAACUGGAGGAUUUGGGAGGGAGCAGACGACACUAUACUUGUGAUGAUAUUCCAUGUCUUAGCAUCAUUAGUUAGAGAUGAUCAUCCACAUCAAUCUUUUAACCUAAAACAAUUUCAUUCUAUAAACCUGAUCAGUAAGAUUUUUAAGAUAUAUCAGGAAAAAAUUCAAGACAACAUGAAAGCCUACUCUGCUGAGAUUGCCCAGUCUGUCAUCAGUAUAUUACAAAGCAUGCUGGGAACACCACCUGACAUUCACCUGAUCAUGUCUAUAUGUGAUUUUCUGUUGUUUGUACAUCCUGCAACAAAUUCCUAUGUCAACCAUACAAAAAACAGCUUUUAUUUUGUACCAUGGUGGAAUGAAAAGUCUCCAAGCAAGAGAAAAGACAGUAUAUUUGUGAAGCAUUCUAUGAAUAUUACAAGCACCCCUCAUAGUAAAAAGAUUGAGAGAACGACUUCGAAUGAAAAUACAGAAAUGAAGGCUAAAAGAACUUUAGAUUGGAAUGCAGACAACUCAAUUACUAAUCCUGAAGAUUCUAGUAGUCCAGGUUCUGAUAUAGAUAAUACUGUACAGACAACACAAAGUGAUGAUUUAUCUAACGAAGAGACAGUAAUGACUAAACUUAAUUCAUCAGAAGAAAAUGAAGAAAUGAUAGAAACAGUAUCCGAUUUGGAAAAAUCAGAUAGUGGAGGCAAUAUGACACCUACUUCUGAAGAUAAUAAUAAACAUAAGGAAAGACAACUUUCAAUUGGUUCCUCUGGUGAAGGGAGAUUUUCUAUUGGCUCUUAUGAAGGGACUUCACCUGACAAGAUCACUAAGUUAUCUUUGUUAAAAAAGAUUGGAGCUUAUGCCUCAUCUGGUUCCCUGUCAAGAGAAAUGUCCACAGAUGAUGAGGAAGGAUUGUAUGCUCCACGACCAGAGGUGGAUUUUGAUGAAGAUGAUGAUGAACUAGAAGCAGAAAAGGGACUGGUUGCUCUUUGUGUUGGUUUACUAGAAACUUUGACAAAUGUGAUGCUAACACUGCCGGACAACAAGAUCAGUAAUGUAUUUCAGAAAGUUAUCAAACCUGACAUAGCUCUAGUCCUGGCCCAUCAUAGUUCUCCUCAGAUUAGAACUGCUGUCAUACAAGUUAUUAAAGCCUAUUUAUUAAGAGCUGGAGAAAAAUUAAUUGAAGAGUUUAUGCAAAAACAAAGUUUCCAUCUACUAGCAGUACAGCUACAUAAUUACCCAACGCAUACAGAACAAAUAGAAGAAGUGGUUUCUUUUAUUCUUGGAAAACCUUUCACAUUUGAAAUGAGCUCUAUUACAAUUGAAGAGAUAGAGGAGCCCCAUGAACUUCAACAAGCUGCUUUUGCUGUUUUCCUGUCCCUUAUAGAGAAUACAUACAGAGAUGUAGCCUUGUGUCAUAACACCCUUACUCUUGCUAUACAGAUGUUUGAGAAAAAUGAUGUGAUAAGUUCAUUGAUGUUAGAGAACAGAAUAAUUGAAGUGAUAACAAAUCUAGUGGCUAGAAUUAACAGUAUAACAACAAGAUUUACAGAUAUGGAAGGUAUUGAUGAAUACCAACUAAUUCUUGAGGAUAUUCAGAUGCUAUUGUGUAAAAUUGUUAUUAGAGAGUUCAGGUGUUCAGGAAUUAACCAUAUACAGCAAUGUGAAGAAAUUUUAGACUUAUUAAAGUUGUUAGAACAUGUUGAAGAAAUUGUAUAUGGAAAGAAUUCCAAACAGACACAAACUGUGAAGGCUCUUCAGUUUGUUGUUGUUUUGUGUGUAUUGACAUUUGUUGAAAGUGAAAGUCAAGAAGGAACUACUACUGUUAAAACUAAACCAUACAAAAGAACUACUAGUAUCAGUACUUAUGGCAGCAAGAUCACCAUGCUUUUCCCUUCCACCUCAAUCCGACCCUACCAAUCCUCACCUUCCUUCCAGAUUUCAGGUAUCAACAAAGUGACUACUUUUGUAGAUCAGCCAUUUGAAGACAGCGGGGAUAAGAAAUUUCACAUCUCACAGAAACCAAAUAUGGUUAGCAGGGCAUUCUCUGUAGACAGCAAACCGACAGGUUUAUUAGGGACUAUUUUAGGACUAGGAAAGAAGAAGAAAAAUGAGUUCAUACCAUUUACUCAGUCUGAGUUUAUUGAUAGACUGAAGAAAUGGGUGGUGAUAUCCGUUGACCUAAUUGUUUUAUCAAAACUUGAAGAAAUAAAAAAGACACCUGGCAAAAAGAAACUAAAUUUACUGGAAAAAUCUGAGCCUAUCACCAUAGAAACAAAAUAUAUUCGUCGAUUAUUUGAGUUUCUAUACCGAGCAUUGGAAGUAACAUUGUCUCAGGACAGGAUAUUACCAAGAAAAGAGAAGAAUUUGAUCAUGUGGGGAGCUAAAGAUAUUGUACGAGUUCAGAUUGGUCGAUUGAUGACGUUUAUGUUAUCACCAAGAUGUCAGUUUGACGACAGAACAUUCUUGUUAUCUUACAUCCAAGGAGAACUUAGGGGCAGAGAAAUACUCAGAACUGUGUUGUCAACAAACUCAGAAGUGGGAACAGAAAUGGGUUUCCAUAUCUAUGACUUGUGCACAUCAUGGAAAGAUUGGUUAAUCAGUCAACAAAGGGAUUACGCUCUUCAGUUUCUCAAUAUACUCAAAUCAGAGAAAUUUACAGUAUUCUCACCGAGUGCUGCACUUACAGAAACCCAGAUUGUACAACUUAAUGAUGAGAGACGUUUAAUGGCAUCAAAAUUGGAACUAGGAAGAGAAAACUUAAGAAAGAAGAAGAAACCAAUAUAUGAUAGAUUAAAAACAAAAAAUGAAAAGUUAUAUCAAGAAUUGUCAAAGCAAGCCAUGGAUGUCACACAGAAUGUUACUCAGUUACAAACUCAUGAAAGAAACAAAAUGAUUGAGCAUGUCAAGAAAAAGAUGACAGAAAAAAUACAGAUAAAGAAAAUGUGGCAGGAACUUGUACAGAAUCUCACACAUGAAAGGGCAGUAUGGCAUUGCCAAAAGUCUUAUCCAAAAUCAUGGCAGUUAGAUCCAACAGAGGGUCCUGGUCGUGUUAGAAAGAGAUUGAAGAGAUGUCAUCUGGGACUGAACCCAAGAUUUCUACUGACACAACAGAGAGAGAAAUUAGAAGAUAGUAUCAAAACUGAAGCUGAGAAUAUUGACCCACCAUUGAUUUAUUUGUUUGAAGAUGACCAUCAAAUGUCAGACUCAGCAGCACUUAUAUAUCAGCUCUAUAGGAAUGAAAAAAUACAACACACUUGUAAAUGUACUGCAGUUGCCCCUAACAGCCAAAGUAAAGGAGAAUUACUUGUAGGUGAGAACUCCGUGUUUUUUGUUGCUGAUGAAGCCAUCACUGAUGCAAACUACACACAAGUGUUGCUAGGCAACAAAGACCAGUUAUCCAUGACCUGGCCUUAUGAUGAAAUCAGAGAGAUUCAUAAAAGAUGGUACCAGUUGAGGGACAGUGCACUUGAAAUAUUUCAUACCAAUGGGAAAACUUGUUUACUUGCAUGUGAACACAAACAGGAGAGAGAUGAUCUCUAUGAGAGGUUUAUGAAGUUUGAGUUAUCUAACUAUGUACAGACAGAAAACAUUGAGGAUAUAACAAGAAUGUGGAAGGACAGUCUGAUGACAAACUAUGAUUAUCUUACACACCUAAACAAAUUAGCUGGAAGAUCAUUUAAUGAUUUAAUGCAGUACCCUGUAUUUCCUUUCAUUCUCAAAGAUUAUGUUAGCGAAAAACUUAAUUUACUUAAAGGCGACUGUUAUAGAGAUUUUUCUAAGCCAAUAUCUGUACAAGAUGAAAGCAAGGAGAGGAAAUAUAAAGAUAACUAUGAGGCAUUAAAGGCAGAGUUUGAGAGAUAUGAUGAUCAGUCUACUAUCGGAGUUGGACCAUACCAUUAUGGCAGCCAUUAUUCCAACAGUGGGAUUGUAUUACACUUUCUUGUUAGACUACCUCCAUACACCAAAAUGUUUGUCAGUUAUCAAGACAAUAACUUUGAUAUACCAGAUAGAACAUUUCACAACAUGGAGACCUGUUGGAGAUUAGCUAGCUCUCAGUCAACAACAGACUUUAAAGAAAUGAUCCCUGAAUUCUUCUUUUUCCCAGAGUUUCUCAGGAAUUUUGAAGGUUUUGACUUUGGUAAGAGACAGAACAAUGAAGAGGUAUCAGAUGUUACUUUACCGGCCUGGUGUAAAGAUAAUCCACGAUUGUUUAUAAUGAUUUUACGUCAGGCCUUGGAAUCAGAUUACGUCAGACAAAACCUCCAUAACUGGAUAGAUCUAGUGUUUGGUUAUAAACAGCAAGGAGAGGCAGCAAUAAAGGCUGUUAAUGUAUUUCAUCCAGCUACAUACUUUGGUAUCAAUGUGGAUGGUGUCCAAGAUAGACUGAAGAGACAGGCCCUGAAGACCAUGGUCAAUACAUAUGGUCAGACCCCUAAACAACUGUUCCGACAUCCACAUCCACCAGGAAGUAUUGUUAGAGAGAGUAUGUCGAAAGUAAUCUCCCAGUUAGUACAGCAGUCGUAUAGUGUCAGUGUUGAGAAAGAUUUUGAUCAUGGCUUUGUCUAUGUACCUAGUCCAUUAGACACAGUAGAAGGUUUGAAGUGGGGUAAUUACAUUGGCUCUCCAGCAAAUCCACCUCCAAAAGUAGUAUGGCAGGAAAAGUAUUCACAAGUAGUUGCCUCCCUUUUACCACUUCCUACUGGUGAUGUCAUCGGUGUAGGUGUUGAUACCUGUUGUCUUACAAUGCACAGCAAACAGAAAGGGUCCAGCUUGUACAACACAACAGAUGUAGUAUGGGCAGCCAUUGUCACAUGGAAGUUUCCAGAUGGUAUUAUUAGAAUAAACAACAAACCAGAGCAACCAUACCUUAAUCUCAUACAACACAGUCCUUAUGAUCAGGUUACCUAUAUAGCUGCCAUAGCAGAUUGUCCACAUCUGUUUGUUGGUUGUGAAAGUGGAUCUAUUACUGUUUAUCAGACUGUCUUUAACCAAGCCAAGACAAGUGAUAUACAGAUAAAAGGAGUAAAACAUGUGUUAUAUGGUCACACACGAAGGAUUACACAGAUAGUCAUAUGUAAGGCAUACAGUAUAUUUGUUAGUGCCAGUGAAGAUAGAUCUUGUAUUAUAUGGGACUUAAAUAGAUUAAGCUAUGUGAGGUCAAUUGAAGGUCAUAAACAUGGAGUAGAUGUUGUAGCAAUAAGCCCAACAGCUGGAGAUAUAGCUUCAGCAAGUAGACAAGGGCUUGGAAGUUGUUUACUACUACAUAGUAUAAAUGGAGAAUACAUAGAUAUUUACACAUCUCAGGACCAUGUGAUCAACUGCCUUGCUUUUUCUACAGCACCAGAAGGACAGUCUAUUAAUGUGAUAGCAGGAGGUCUAGAUAAUGGUGUAAUUAGGAUAUGGAGUACAGUUGAUUUAAGACAUCUCCGAGAUCUACAGACAGAGAAUCUCAUGUUAAAACCAGUUAUCAGUGUUGUGUUUACGUAUGAUUCACAUCGUUUGUAUUCAACGUUAUCAGAUGGAACUGUUGCAUUGUGGGAAUCGCCAUCCUCAAGCAAACAACUCUUACCACACAAAUUUGUAGCAUUUCUGUAACAUUAACAACCAUAAGAAGGCGACAGCAAAAGUGUUUAGUGAUAUAGGGACGAAUUCAAAUGACCGAUUGUGCAAGGGCUGUAUAGCCAGUCAAAGUUGUUAAAAAAAACUUCCAUCAUCAUCAUUGAAUUCAAAUUACUUACCAGUUUAAACAUUGUAAAAAUACAAACAAAUAUUGAUGCAUAAAAUGUGAACUUUUAUGAUUUUAUUGACGAGAUGUUGGUUUAUUUUUUUAAAUUCCUUUGUUUUAAUGUUGAGAUGUUCUUCCAUUGUCAAGUGACAUGUACUGCACAGUACACUAAAUAUUUGUGUAUUUUGAUGGAUACUUUUAUUUUGGCUUAUGAAAUAAGCUCUUUAUCUGUAUACAGGUAGAUAUUUAUAAAGUUUAUAAGUGUGCAUUACUUAAUAUUUAUUUCUGUAAAUUGCUACCAAGUAACAAUUUGGAAUUUGAUGAAUACAUUGUAUGUCAGAGCUAAAAGGAGGCUGGUGGAGAGAGCCUUUAAUUAUAUUUUCUUUUUUCAAAAGUGUUAUUUAUUAUUAGUUGCAUCCAGGGCUUUCAUUGCAAAUAUUGUAAACUAUUAUGUAUACAUAUGUAUAUGCAUGUUUAUAUGUUAAGUUGAUUUAAAAAAAAAAAUGAAAAAGAGUUGUGGUGUUUUAUUAAUUUAGGCAAUAUAAUUAGAAAAAAUAAAGAUUAUAUGAUUAUUGGUAAGGAUUUGUGUCUUUCAAUACUCAUCUUCUUCUAAAGAGUAAGAUUUUCAGUUUCUAUGAGAAAUUGAUUACGUAUUUUAUAUUGUUUUUAAAAUGUUUUUUAUCAUGUUUCUAUUUAUUCAUAUGUUCUACACGGUGCAAACUCGUUAUUUCUAUAUUUAUGAAGAAAUGUAGCAAAGAAAUAUUUGUAAUACAUUGUAACUGUAAAUAUCCUAUCAAAGUACUUCAAAAGUUAAUAUUUUUACAAAUGUAUAAGAAAAAGUAUGUAUGUAUACAUGCAUGCAUAUGUAAGGCAGCAUUUCUGACAUGUAAAUAUAUUAAACAUGAGAUCCCCUAUACGCUUUUGACCAACCGUGGAAGUUCUGUAUAGCCAGUCAAGGUCGUUAAAAACUUCCAUUUGCAUAUGCUUAAUUUUAUUUAUAUCUUAUUUUGCUAUAUAACUAUAUAAAGAUUGUUCUGUCUCACUUACUCAAUAGUUUUAGUUCUGUUUUUUAUCUUUAUUUUUUAGAUAUAAUUAGUUAUCAAAAUUACCAGGAUUAUAAUUUUAUACGCCAGACGCGCGUUUCGUCUACAUAAGACUCAUCAGUGACGCUCAGAUCAAAAUAGUUAAAAAGCCAAAUAAAUACAAAGUUGAAGAGCAUUGAGGAUAUAAAGUAGAUGCUCUUUAAAAUUUUCAAAUAUGAUUAUUGCUUGCUUCUGUAGUCUUGGUUUUACAAAAUCUUUGAAUUUUAAUCAUCUUUUAUCAUUAAUUAUAAUUUUGGGACAAUACAAGCUGAGAUGUUGACAUAUAUUUUACAUAGUAUUUUGACAAUUCAAGAUAUUAGCCAAUGAUGAUUUGAUAUGUGUUUUAAAGGAUAGUCUUAAUCCACAAGGGCAAUAAAUGAUUUUUUUCGAUAUUUCCCAUUUAUAGAUAUGUGUCAAAAUUAAACAGUUAUUGAUUUUUUUAAAGAAUAAAUAUUAAAAAAAAAUUGCAAUUUUUAGAUAUUAAGAUCUUCAUGAACAUUUCCAGUUGUAAGAAACCUUUUUGUUGGGACUAUCACAUACACAUAACUAUUCAAUAUUAAUUUCCCACAGGCUUUAUCUUGAUUUUCAAAUACUUCAAUUUCUAUGAUAUAUAUGGCCCAUUGUAUGCCUUUCAAACAUAUUUAGGUUGGUUUAUAUGGUCCCAGACCACAAUUGUCGUCCCUUGAUUUUUUCGUUGUUCACGAAUAUAGUCCCUAGUGUUAACAGUGGGUUACUUGCCAUUAAUUUUUAUACCCCUUCCAAAUUUAUUUCUCCAUGUUUAAUGCCUCAAAUUGUAAGUAGGGGGGUGAAAUUACACUGUAAAAAAUUUUGGGUGCAGGAAAGUAGUGAUUUGGUCCAGCUGAAAAAGGUUAAAAAUCAGCACUUCGGAAGCUGUCUAAAGAUUUCAAGACACCUUAAACACAAAAUUGUCCAUAUUAUGAGUUUGAGGUGAUGACGUUUUCUAUAAUUUUGAUAUAAUUUGUCCCAAAAGUAGUACAACACACUGUAAAAAUUUCAUUGAGAAAGCACAGGUGGGAUUAUUUUGAUUUUCAUUUAUGUUCUAAAAGAAAUGCACUACAAAUUAAUUGUGGUCUCGGACCAUGUGUAAUAUGAAUUAGCCUUUACUUAACUAGACAUGAAAAACAAAAACAGUCCAAUAUGUACCCCAAAUGCCAGCUGUUUCAAAACCAAAAGUGUUUUAAAUGAUCAUUUAAAGAUUAACACAUAUUUUUAAUAAAGAUGAACAACUUUGAUAAAAUUUUUGUUUCUACAUGUAUCAAAAUACUGUGGAUUUAAUUAUUUUUGUCUUCUGAUUUUUGUAGAUUGAGGGAAAAUUUUAUUCUUGUGGAUAUUGAUUUGAUGGGUUUGUCAAAGUCUACAUGUAUAUUUAAAAUAUUGAGCAUGUAAAUCUGUGUUUACCUAUAACCAAAAAGCAAAUCAAAAUAUUGUAUCAGUAAUGAACCAACAGUAUUUUUUUUUAUUGCUUUAUUUUAUAAAGCAUACUAGAUGUUGUAAAAUCUUUAAGUUUGAUUAUUUAUGGGAAAUCCUUUUAUUUCACACAUUUAAAAUUGAGUGAAUAAUAAAGUAUUCAUUAUUUAAUAUAAUAUAAUGCAAGAUUUAUUUUAUAUAUUAAUAUAGGUGUCUGUUAAGCACAGAAAUUAAAUUUCUUUUAAAGAAAUAUUUGUGGGUGUCACCUGCUUAGAGUGUUUUAGCUCUGUCUUGUAUUCUUGAUUUUAGAUAUUGGAAAGCUACAUGUAACCCUAUAUUGUAACAGUUGUACCAUUUUGUUAAAAAUGUUAUUGUAUUCUGUUAUAUUUGUGAGAAAAAUCCAAUAAAAAUAUGAUUGUUUA